AUGGCGUUCUUGGAUGCGCAGCAGGCCGCCCGGCCAGACCUUGCGGUCUGGUUCGCAGACAUGGGGGAUCUGUACCAGAAAAAGCUAUGGCAUCAGCUGACAAUCAAAUUGGAGCAAUUUCUGGCACUUGCCGUGCUGCAGGCUGGAGACAUCAUGAUCCAGCUGUAUCAGAACUUUAUUUCGGACUUCGAGACAAAGAUAAACCUUCUGAAGCUUGCUCACUUCUCAGUGAUAAUCUCCCGGCAGUAUGCCGACAAAACCGAGGCUAUAGCUUUUUUGGAGGGAAUAAUUGAGAAGCUGCGGGGAACAAAAAGUAAGAGGAUAGAGGAGCCAGUGGUUUAUGUGAAGAUGCAGAUCGCUGCUUUGAAGCUGCAAUCAGGAGAUCGGAAGGAGUGCAAGGCCCUUCUGGAUGAGGGUAGGGCAAUCAUUGACAGCAUGGCGGAUCUUGACCCCUCAGUUCACGCCAGCGUUCACUGGGUUAGCUCGCAGUAUUACAAAUCGAAGCAGGAUUUUGCUGAAUUCUACAAGAGUGCGCUGCUUUACCUGGCCUACACGUCCGUCGACACACUCACUGACCCCUUCAAGCUGGAUUUGGCUGUCGAUCUGUCUUUGGCGGCGUUGCUUGGUGAGAACAUCUACAACUUUGGCGAGCUUUUGGCGCAUCCAAUUGUCGGCGCUUUGGAGGGCAGCCAGUUUCAAUGGCUGUAUCACAUUCUUCACGCGUUUGAGCAUGGUGACCUGCACAAGUAUGAUGAGUUGUGCUCCCUGUAUGCGGCUCAGCUCAACGCUCAGCCAGCUCUGGUGGAGAAUGAGAGACGUUUGAGGGAGAAGAUCACAAUCCUUUGCCUAAUGGAGCUGAUUUUCAGCCGGCCGUCUGAUGACCGUACCAUCCCGCUGACAACAAUUGCGGAGAAGACCAAGCUUCCCUUGGAUGGCGUGGAACAUCUUCUGAUGAAGACCCUUUCUGUAUGUGCUUGA